GAAGCUCCCGUCGCAGGCAGAGGUCACGAAAGCUCAGCUCCAUUUCAUCCUGCAGCCUCGGCUUCGCGUCUUCUCUCCCAAACCUCUCCCCCAAGUUACCAAGUUCUACGCACACGACCCAGGCCUGCUACGAAUCCGAGCAAUCAUGGCGGAAAACGGCACCACCAUCCCCAACACCACCGGCGAGGAUUCCUUUGCCGAGAGCAAGGGCAAGGGCAAGGCCAUUGCCGAGGACGUUCCCCAGGACCACGCCAUGGAGGAGGAUGACGACGAGGAUGAAGACGAGGAGGAGGAAGAUGAUGAUGAAGACAACGCCGGCGGCGACGAAGAGGACGGCAUGGAGGAGAUUGACCUCAACAACAUCGUCGAGGGCGGUCGCCGCACCCGAGGCGCCAAGAUCGAUUUCGCCAAAGCGGCCGAGGAGAACCCUGCCGACGAGGAGGACGAGGAGGACGACGACGACUUCGAGCCUCCUGCCGACGACACCGAAAUGACGGGCUAAAAAUGCCCUCUGGGG